AUGACGGACCGGGAGAACAACAACAGCAUCUCCGCCAACCCCUUCGCCGCCCUCUUCAGCUCGCUGGCCGACGCCAGGCAGUUCGCAGCCGGACAGAAGCAGCAGCCGAGGCCGCUGGCAGGUGAGGAGACCUCGGCCAGCCAGGAUGACUCCGACAACAGCGUCUCCGAGAGCCUGGAUGACUGCGACUACUCCGUGGCGGAGAUCAGCCGCUCGUUCCGCUCACAGCGGGAGCUGUGCGAGCAGCUCAACAUCAACCACAUGAUCCAGAGGAUCUUCCUCAUCACCCUCGAUAACAGUGAUCCCAGCAUGAAAAGUGGAAAUGGGAUUCCAGCUCGCUGUGUGUAUUUGGAAGAAAUGGCUGCAGAUCUGGAUGACCAGGACUGGCUGGACAUGGAAAACAUCGAGCAGGCACUGUUCACCCGCUUGCUGCUGCAGGAGCCUGGAAACCACCUGAUUUACAUGACCUCUGCCAGCACACAGAACCUCUCUGCAGAUCGGGACGCGGGGGAGAAACAAAUUCUACGCUACCUCUAUGCCUGUUUCCAGAGGGCAAGAGAAGAGAUAACCAAGGUUCCAGAGAACUUGCUGCCCUUUGCUGUGCGCUGCCGAAAUCUGACUGUGUCAAAUGCUCACACUGUUCUCCUUACCCCAGAGAUUUAUGUCAACCAGAAUGUGUAUGAGCAGCUGGUGGACCUGAUGCUGGAGGCACUGAGAGGGGCACAUUUUGAAGACAUGACUGAGUUUCUCGAGGAGGUCAUAGAAGCCUUAACAAUGGAUGAGGAAGUGCGGACAUUUGGGGAAGUCAUGAUUCCAGUCUUCGAUAUUUUACUGGGCAGGAUCAAGGACUUGGACCUUUGUCAGAUCCUGCUCUACACCUACCUAGAUAUGCUCCUCUACUUCACAAAGCAGAAAGAUAUAGCCAAGGUAUUUGCAGGCUAUAUUCAGCCCAAGGAUCCUAACAAUGGACAGAUGUAUCAGAAGACUUUGUUAGGCGUCAUUUUAAAUAUCUCCUGUUUGCUAAAGACUCCUGGUGUAGUAGAGAAUCACGGCUACUUCUUGAAUCCAUCCCGAUCCAGUCCACAAGAGAUCAAGGUGCAGGAAUCCAACAUCCAUCAGUUUAUGGCCCAAUUCCACGAGAAGAUCUACCAGAUGCUCAAGAACCUGUUACAGUUGUCUCCAGAAACAAAGCACAGGAUUUUGUCCUGGCUGGGAAACUGUCUCCAUGCUAAUGCAGGCCGUACCAAAAUUUGGGCUAAUCAGAUGCCAGAGAUCUUCUUCCAGAUGUAUGCCUCAGAUGCCUUCUUCCUGAAUUUGGGAGCUGCACUCCUGAAGCUGUGUCAGCCCUUCUGCAAACCAAAAUCUCCUAAGCUGCUAACCUUUAAUCCUACUUACUGUGCCCUAAAGGAGCUGAAUGAAGAGGAGAGGAGGAGUAAGAAUGUACAUAUGAAAGGUUUAGAGAAAGAGACGUGUUUGAUACCUGCUGUGACUGAGCAAGAGCCAGAGUUUGCAAACAGCUACAAUCUGGUGACAGAAAACCUGGUCCUAACACAAUACACCCUUCACUUAGGAUUUCACAGGUUGCAUGACCAGAUGGUAAAGAUAAACCAAAGCCUUCACCGCCUGCAAGUAGCAUGGCGAGAAGCUCAGCAGAGUUCUAGCCCUGCUGCUGACAGCCUCAGGGAGCAGUUUGAACGCCUGAUGACCAUCUAUCUCUCCACAAAGACAGCGAUGACAGAGCCACAGAUGCUGCAGAACUGCCUGAAUCUGCAGGUGUCCAUGGCAGUUCUUCUGGUGCAGCUGGCAAUAGGAAACCAAGGGACUGAGCCUCUAGAGCUGACGUUCCCAUUGCCAGGGGUGGAAAACAGUGCAUUGGCCUACGUACCAGAAUUCUUCGCAGAUAAUUUGGGCGACUUCUUCAUUUUCCUGCGACGCUUUGCUGAUGACAUUUUGGAGACUUCUGCCGAUUCUCUGGAACACAUCCUCCACUUUGUUACUGUUUUCAUGGGUGAUGUGGAGAGAAUGAAAAAUCCUCAUCUGCGAGCCAAGCUGGCAGAAGUGCUGGAAGCCGUGAUGCCUCAUUUAGAUCAGGUCCAAAAUCCACUCGUCUCCAGUGUGUUUCAUCGCAAGCGAGUAUUCUGCUCUUACCAGCAUGCUGCCCAUCUUGCUGAGGCACUUAUUAAAGUCUUUGUGGAUAUCGAGUUUACUGGUGACCCACAUCAGUUUGAACAGAAAUUUAAUUACCGACGUCCAAUGUACCCCAUCCUGAGAUACAUGUGGGGCACAGAUUCAUACCGACAGAGCAUAAAGGCUUUGGCUGAUUAUGCCUCAGAGAACCUAGAGGCAAUGAAUCCCCCUCUCUUCUUGCGCUUCCUUAAUUUGCUUAUGAACGAUGCCAUUUUCCUGUUGGAUGAAGCCAUACAGUACCUCAGUAAGAUUAAAGUUCAGCAGAUAGAGAAGGACCGCGGUGAGUGGGACAGCCUGUCCCAGGAGGCUCGUCGGGAGAAGGAGUCAAGCCUGCAGAUGUUUGGUCAGCUGGCUCGCUUCCAUAACAUCAUGUCCAAUGAAACCAUCGGGACUCUGGCCUUCCUGACCUCAGAAAUUAAGUCCCUGUUUGUGCAUCCUUUUCUUGCUGAGCGCAUCAUCUCCAUGCUAAACUAUUUUCUUCAACACCUGGUUGGCCCUAAAAUGGGAGCUUUGAAAGUCAAGGAUUUCAGCGAGUUUGACUUCAAACCGCAACAGCUAGUUUCUGACAUCUGUACGAUCUACCUGAACCUUGGGGAUGAAGAAAAUUUCUGUGCCACUGUACCCAAGGAUGGACGUUCCUAUUCACCAACGCUCUUUGCCCAGACAGUAAGGGUUCUGAAGAAAAUCAAUAAGCCUGGCAAUAUGAUCGUGGCUUUCAGUAACCUGGCUGAGAGGAUCAAGUCUCUUGCAGACCGUCAGCAGCAAGAAGAGGAGACAUACGCAGACGCCUGUGACGAGUUCCUGGAUCCUAUCAUGAGCACUCUGAUGUCUGACCCGGUAAUACUGCCAUCGUCCCGUGUCACCGUGGAUAGGUCAACCAUAGCCCGGCACUUGCUCAGUGAUCAGACGGAUCCUUUUAAUCGGAGCCCCCUCACGAUGGACCAGAUUAGACCAAACACGGAGCUGAAAGAAAAGAUCCAGCAAUGGCUUGCGGAGAGGAAAAAGCAGAAGGAGGACUUGGAGGACACACUGAAUUGAGAACAAAGUUCUACAUCCCCAGACAUGCAAUCAGUCAGUUGGCAGGACAAUUGUCUUUUAAGGGUGGUGGUGGGUGCUCCAGAGCAUCUGUGAAACUUGCCACAGUGAAUGAAGAACGCAUCCAGUGCAUUGCGCCACGUCUGGAAUCUCUCCUAGUACCUGCUCUUUUAUCCCUUACUCUGUCUUUCCUUUCAAGACUUACUGUUUAAUACUAAGAAUUUCCACUGCACUACAGCUUCCUAGCCUCUGCAUCCUGGGAAGAUUCAGCCUCUUCUGAUUGUCCUGGUGCCCUGGCCCUCUAUUCACUGCUCUUUGUGUUGGCUGUUUCUAAUGGCCGCGUGACCUUUCCUUUGCUCCCCCACCCUCUGUCCUGUUGUUUAGCCUAUGUAAUCAUGCUCAAUGUCAAAAGGAUGCCUCUGCAUCUGCAGCAGCUCUCACCUGGAGAUGUGGGAAAGGACAGUUCCGCGUGUUUGUACAGGCUGAGCGCGUGCCAGGGCUUCUUUUUCAAGUGAUACAGAGGAACAAGGGGUGAUGAUAAAUAGGAA